GCGCCCUGGUGCUGCUGCUGUGGAGGAUAAAUGUGGAGCUGCAGCAGCGGCGCCUCAAAGCCUCAAUGGGCCGAGGAGAGUCCGCGCUGCGCCUCCGCCACCUCAGGACGCGUGACUCUGGACCGGAGCCUCUUGGUGCAUGAGACUCUGACGCACUGCACGCUCUCUUCAGCCUCUCCCGCGCCGCUCCUCUCAUCUCCUCAUGUGGUCUCUGCACAUGCCCCGCGUGUCCAUCAUGGACCUGUCGGCCGAAAGCCUCCAUCCCGCGACCCCCCGCGCGCUGCUGCUCUCGUGCGUCAUGCUGCUGUUCACCGCGCACUUGUGGCGCUGGCUCCGGCUGCGCGCCUGGACCCCGAGGCUCUCGCUCCCGGGACCCACGCUCCCCUCGCUCCCGGGACCCUUCUCGUGGCCCAUCAUCGGGAACGCGGCUCAGAUGGGCAGUGCGCCGCACGAGUACUUUGCGCGUCUGUCCCACAAAUACGGAGACGUUUUCCAGAUUAAACUGGGCUCCUGGCCCGUGGUGGUUCUGAACGGAAACUCCAUCAGACAGGCGCUGGUCAAACAGGGGCAGGACUUUGCGGGGAGACCGAACUUUACCUCGUUCAGGUACGUCUCUGAGGGCAACGGGGUCGCGUUCAACACCGCCUCAGACUGGUGGAAGGUGCACCGUAAGAUCUCCCACUCCACACUGCGCAUGUUUUACCAGGGCAACCCCGAGACCAAGAUAACGUUUGAGCGUCACGUUUUGUCUGAGUUCAGAGAACUUCUGCAGCUGUUCGUGGAAAAGACUCAGGAGAAGCGCUACUUUGUCCCUAUGACGUAUCUGGUGGUGUCCACGGCCAACAUCAUGAGCGCGCUGUGCUUCGGGAAGCGCUACUCCUACGAGGAUGAGGAGUUCCAGCAGGUGGUGGGAAGAAACGACCAGUUCACUAAGACCGUGGGCGCGGGCAGCAUCGUGGACGUGAUGCCGUGGCUGCAGUACUUCCCAAACCCCAUCAAGACCAUCUUCGACGACUUCAAGAGCCUGAACCUGGAGUUCUGCACGUUCAUCCGAGACAAAGUGAUGGAGCACCGCAAGACCAUGGAGCCCGGGACCAUACGGGACAUGACCGACGCGUACAUCGUGGCGCUGGACAAUCUGCGGGACCGCUCCGGCAUCACGCUGGAGAAAGACUUUGUCACGCCGACUGUGGGAGACGUGUUCGGGGCGAGUCAGGACACGCUGUCCACGGCGCUGCAGUGGAUCAUCCUCAUCCUCAUCAGGUACCCAGAACAUCAGCAGCGCCUUCAGCAGGAGGUGGACAAAGUCGUGGGCCGCGAUCGCCUCCCUUCCCUCGAGGACCAGCCGCGCCUCCCUUACGUCAUGGCGUUCAUCUACGAGGUCAUGCGCCUGGCCAGCUUCGUGCCGCUCACCAUCCCCCACGCCACCACCGCGGACACCUCCAUCAACGGAUUCGCCGUGCCCAAGAACACCGUCGUCUUCAUCAACCAAUGGUCCAUCAACCACGACCCGGAAACGUGGGACCAGCCCGAGACCUUCAAACCGGAGAGGUUCCUGACACCCGACGGCGCCCUGAACAAAGACCUGACCAGCAGCGUGCUCAUCUUCUCUAUGGGGAAGCGAAGGUGCAUCGGCGAAGAGUUGUCCAAGCUGCAGCUGUUCCUCUUCACCACGCUCAUAGCCCAUCAGUGUGACAUUACGUCCGACCCCUCCAGGCCGCCGUCCAUGGACUACAUAUACGGGCUGACGCUGAAGCCCUACGCGUAUCACAUGGCGGUGACGCUAAGAGACGAUGUGAAGCUGAUGAAGGUGGAGGGAGGAAGAAUGGGCGAGGGGACGGACUCAUUUAAGAGCGCAGGACGUAAGGAGAACAUGAAGGAGGGCUGAACGUCGACCUGUGGACACCAGCUCUGAGCGCAGUUUGGAGAGCAGCUGAAGUUGACAGGAAAUUAGCUCCAAAUUAGUUCCAAAAAAAGAGUCCAGAAACAAAAAUUACAGUACACAAAGCAGUGCAAUUGACUACAUUUAAUGGCGAUCGCAAAAAACUUACCACAACUGAGUCCAAGCUGUUAUUAUUAUUUGUACGACUGAACGAAAUCAAAUUGAAAUUUUCCUGACAAACCUUGUGAUUUGUUUUAGGAUUUGGUUCAAAGAAAGUUGCACAUAAUCACAGUCCUUUUCGUCGGAGAGCAAAUAUUUGCAGACUCCACCAGACAAAAAGAAAAUAAAUUGAAUAAAAUGACAAAACUAAGAAAAAAAAAUGGUAUAAAAUUAUAAUUAAAGGUGAUAGCUGACUCCUAACACAUUUUGAACUUAACUUAACUUGAAAAAAUUCAAUAAAAUACACCGUUUACUAGGGAUGUAACAAUAACCGAAAUAUCGUGAUAUCGUAUUGUCAAAGUUCUCACAAUAACAUCGUGGACCAUCACAAUAUAUCGAAUUACAAUCUUAAAAAACAGAGGGAACUACAUAGACCAUAAUCCUUUGCUCCAUUCCAUUGCAGACUGCAAGAAGAAUCAAAAACAAAACAACUAAGACCUAAAAGUUCUAAGCACUUUUAAGUCUUAUUUCUUUGGAUUCAGUCUUGCCAAGGCAUUUUUAAGAGGAAAAAGUCACACAUUAAGAGUUUUGUCCAUAAAAUAUCGAAAUAAAUAUCGUACCGUGAGAUGUAUAUCGUGAAAAUAUCGAUAUUGUUACAUCCCUGAUCGUGAACUUUCCCACGAUAUCGCAAUAAAUAUCGAUUCGUGAGGUUCAUACCGUGACGAUAUCGAUUCGUGAGACUUGGAUAUCGUUACAUCUCUACGUUUAGAUUUAAAUUAUUUAUGAAAAAUGGUUUUAAAUAGAAAAAUAAAACCCAAAUGAUUUGCUUUGGAUCAACAUAAAACAAUUAGUUGGGAAAAGAAAGGUCGACAAAUCAUCUUUUUAGACCAGACAUCAACCUUUUAGUUACUGCUUUAACACUUCUGAAGAGUUUUAUUGGAGCUAAUUCUACGUUUCCUCGUCUUUUCCAGCUGUACCUCCAAACUCCGAUCACUCAUGAGAUGUUUUAUAUAGAUAUAUACAUGUAUUUAUAAGCUCAAAACUCAGGCUAAAUGUAUUGAGGACUUUGUUUCGAGACUUUAAAGUAUUACAUGACCUAUACUUACAUGGCCUUUGUGACUUUUUGGGGGGAAUCGAACCCACAACCCCGGUCUGUUAUAUCACUGGAGACAGGCUACUGGACGAAUGCUGCUGCUGCUGCUUCACUAAACAUGGACACACUUUUGCUGUGAAGUUAUUGAUUUGUGUUUUGCUGUGUUUAUGUAAAAUAACAUAUAUUUUUAUUAUCCAGGGAUCAAAAGCAGCGCUAUUAUAAAAACUUCUAUAUCGA